CUGAGUCUCUCCCAGGACAGCUGCUGCGGUCACACCACAAACUUAAAAGCCGCCCUCCCGCUUGGAGCGUGCCUUUCCUCGCCGCCCUCGCCUCUCCAAUCUCCAGCUGGUGCCUCGCUCUCCGCCCGGCCGGGUCCGGCGCUCAGGGGCAGCAGCGCCCCCUGCCUCCCGGCCUGACCUCUGCGGCCGCAGUCUCCGCGCUCUGCCAGGGCCGCCGGCGGCUCCGCGGCUCAGCCAGCGCGGAGGCUCAGAGAACUGCCGGUGCCCCGGGUCUCCGCCGCGCUCGCCCUCGCCCUCAGCCUGCGCCCCCUGCCUCUCCCUGAACCCGCAGCGGGAAACGGAAGAGGGCAAGAAGAGUUCUCAGCAGUUUGAAUUAACACUGUUUGGAAGAGACCAUAGUUUUCAUCAUGAACACUAAUAAAGAUGAGAGACCUACGUCGAGAAAUCAAGAUCUUCAUCUAUUUCAUGCUUUGAUGAUGCUAAGCAUGACCAUGUUAUUUCUCCCAGUCAUUGGAACUUCUAAGCAAAAUAUUCCAAGACUCAAGCUAACCUACAAAGAUUUGCUACUGUCAAAUAGCUGUAUUCCCUUUUUGGGUUCAUCAGAAGGACUGGAUUUCCAAACUCUUCUGUUAGAUGAGGAGAGGAGCAGGCUGCUCCUGGGAGUCAAGGACCACAUCUUCCUGCUCAGCCUGGUCGACUUAAAUAAAAAUUUUAAAAAGAUUUAUUGGCCUGCUGCAAAGGAACGGGUGGAAUUAUGUAAACUAGCUGGGAAAGAUGCCAAUACAGAAUGUGCAAAUUUCAUCCGAGUACUUCAACCCUAUAACAAAACUCACAUUUAUGUGUGUGGAACUGGAGCAUUUCAUCCAAUAUGUGGAUAUAUUGAUCUUGGACUCUACAAGGAGGAAAUUUCAUUCAAACUAGACACGCAUAACUUGGAGUCUGGCAGACUGAAAUGUCCUUUUGAUCCUCAGCAGCCAUUUGCUUCAGUAAUGACAGAUGAGUAUCUCUACUCUGGAACAGCUUCUGAUUUCCUUGGCAAGGAUACUGCAUUCACACGGUCCCUCGGGCCUUCUCAGGACCACCAUUACAUCAGAACUGAUAUUUCAGAACAUUACUGGCUCAAUGGAGCAAAAUUUAUUGGAACAUUCCCCAUACCAGAUACCUACAAUCCAGAUGAUGAUAAAAUAUAUUUCUUCUUCCGUGAGUCAUCUCAAGAAGGCAGUACUUCUGAUAAGACCAUCCUUUCUCGAGUUGGAAGAGUUUGUAAGAAUGAUGUAGGAGGACAACGCAGCCUGAUAAACAAGUGGACGACUUUUCUUAAGGCCAGAUUAAUUUGCUCAAUUCCCGGAAGCGAUGGGGCCGAUACUCAUUUUGAUGAGCUUCAAGAUAUUUAUUUACUUCCCACACGAGAUGAAAGAAAUCCUGUAGUAUAUGGAGUCUUUACCACAACCAGCUCCAUCUUCAAAGGCUCUGCUGUUUGUGUGUAUAGCAUGGCAGACAUCAGAGCAGUUUUUAACGGUCCCUAUGCUCAUAAGGAAAGUGCAGACCAUCGCUGGGUGCAAUAUGAUGGACGAAUUCCUUACCCGCGACCUGGGACGUGUCCAAGCAAAACCUACGACCCAUUGAUUAAAUCCACCCGAGAUUUUCCCGAUGACGUCAUCAGUUUCAUUAAGCGGCACCCGGUGAUGUUCAAGUCAGUAUACCCAGUUGCUGGAGGACCAAGAUUUAAACGGAUCAAUGUGGAUUACAGACUGACACAGAUAGUGGUGGAUCAUGUCAUUGCAGAAGAUGGCCAGUAUGAUGUGAUGUUUCUUGGAACAGACAUUGGAACUGUCCUAAAAGUUGUCAGCAUUUCGAAAGAAAAGUGGAACAUGGAAGAGGUAGUGUUGGAGGAGCUGCAGGUCUUCAAGCACUCAUCAAUCAUCUUGAACAUGGAGUUGUCUCUGAAGCAGCAACAGUUGUACAUUGGUUCCCGGGAUGGAUUGGUUCAGCUCUCCUUGCACAGAUGCGGUACAUACGGGAAAGCUUGUGCUGACUGCUGCCUUGCCAGAGACCCCUACUGCGCCUGGGAUGGACACGCCUGCUCUCGAUAUGCGCCCACUUCAAAACGGCGAGCUCGACGCCAAGAUGUAAAGUAUGGAGACCCAAUUACCCAGUGCUGGGACGUUGAAGACAGCAUUAGUCAUGAGACUGCUGAUGAAAAGGUGAUUUUUGGCAUUGAAUUUAAUUCAACUUUUCUGGAAUGCAUACCGAAAUCCCAGCAAGCAUCUAUUAAGUGGUAUAUCCAGCGGUCAGGAGAUGAGCAUCGAGAAGAGUUGAAACCCGAUGAAAGGAUCAUCAAAACGGAAUAUGGGCUACUGAUUCGAAGUUUGCAGAAGAAGGACUCUGGGAUGUAUUACUGCAAAGCACAGGAGCACACUUUCAUCCACACCGUAGUGAAGCUGACUUUGAAUGUCAUUGAGAAUGAACAGAUGGAAAAUACCCAGAGGGCAGAGUAUGAGGAAGGGCAGGUCAAGGAUCUAUUGGCUGAGUCACGGUUGAGAUACAAAGACUACAUCCAAAUCCUUAGCAGCCCAAACUUCAGCCUGGACCAGUACUGCGAACAGAUGUGGCACAGGGAGAAGCGGAGACAGCGAAAUAAGGGCGGCCCAAAGUGGAAGCACAUGCAGGAAAUGAAGAAGAAACGAAAUAGAAGACACCACAGAGACCUGGAUUAGAUUCCUAGAGCUAUGGCCACGUAGUUUUCUAUUUAAUUUAACGAAAAGAAUUCUUUUCCUGCACAAAUACUGUCUUCUAUUUUGUAAAUCCCUUAUACUAACUCAGAAUUGCUUCUCAUGGCGUUUUGCUAAGGCACAAGAACAAUAAUCUGAAUAGACUGGUGAAAGUGGGAAAAGAAAGGGCAAAUGCUUCAUCUGAACCAGUUUUCCAAGAACAAAAUGUCUACUUGCCAAGUAUCAGUUAUUUUCAAAGUAGAGGCUUUAUAAUUGUAAAUGUUUUAUGUUUUGAGUUUUUUAAUUUUAUGUCCUAUAAAUAAUUGAGUUCAGUAAGCAUCAAAUUUGAUCUUGUAUUAAGGUGCUUUAUUCCCUUGUAUGCCCACUAAGCAUGGAGUUGACUAUGCAGUGUAACCACGUUCUUAUGAACAGAGAUUCUAAUCCACUCUAGAGCUAGCUAUCUUGUGCUAAGAAUUGGAAAGAAGAUCCAAAUUAAGACAACUGAAAUUACCAACAGGAACUUUCCUAAGGAGCUAUUCAUUUUUGGAGCAUGGUGUAGGAAUUUGGAGAUGUGCAUUAUUUCUCUCAGGCCACAGGGGUUACAUUUAGUGCACUGAAACUUUGAUUUACUGAAGGGCAUUAAUGCUCCCCCCAGGAUUCCAUAUGACUUGUCAAGAGUAACAGACUCAUAGGGAGAAGUCGGUUAUGUUUCUGGAAUAUAUGCUGAGCUCUACAGGGACAGAAUGCUUAAUAAAUAUUUUAAUAAGAUAUGGGAAAAUAUUUUAAUAAAAUAAGGGAAGCAUUAUGAUGUAUACUGCAACCUAAUGGGAAACCAUGCAGAUGGGAUUUAUUAGGAGACAGAAGGAAAGACAGCCAUAAAUUCUGGCUUUGGGGAAAACUCAUAUCCCCAUGAACAGGAAGAACAAUCACAAAUAAAGUGGGCAACAUGUAAUGGAGCUCUUUUCACUAGAGCCUAAGUUGCUGACAAUUUGUAAUUCAUCUGCUAAGAAAUAAAAUCUAGAUAUAACAAAUGGCCAGCAAAAGUCUGAGGAAAAGUAAUUUUCUAAAGGAUCAUGGGAAGGAUGACCAUAUUUUAUUUAUAACCUUGGUGUUUCAGUAUGUAUUGCCUCUUUUUUUUUUUAGGUAUUUAUCAUAAUCUGUAUAUUAUUUCCAUUUCCUGCCUUUAUUCUCUCCUGCAUAUUGGAUUAUUUGAUUGAUUAUAUUUGAGCGAAUAGGAAAACACAGUAUAUAAUACAGAGGGAGAUAGAAUUAAGUAGAUGGCAGUUGUGGGAGUGGGGAUAUAUAUUUGCUGAAUAACAGAACAAGUGCAAAAUUUUGACAACGGAAAGGGUUAAAUGAACUCUUUGACAUCUUUUCUUUACAUACUUUUUUGCAUUUCUGUGAUGAUAGUUGUAGUUCAAGUAGCAUUGUUUUAAUAAUUUAACGAUAAGCUGCCCACACGUUAAGAAUACAAACAAAAAACCUCACAACAUUAACAUAAACAGCUUUCAUUUUUUUGUUAGGGCUCUCAAAUGUUUCCAAUUUGACUUUCCCUCUGAAUAUGUAUGGUGUUUCCUGUCUGUUUAAGCGGGACUCACCUUUCCUUUUUAUAACACAAAACCCUUCUCCUUCUUCUGUUUUGCCUUUUCACGCCCUUUAUAGUGUGAAAUGAAAAAUUAGUCACUUCCUCACAUGGAAAGCAGCUUUUCAGAAAACUAAAUAACAGACAUUGCUCGUUUCUCAUGCAUUCUACGUGUUGUGAAAGACAAGUCUGUGAGAAACUGUGUGAUUAGAGGGCAACGCACUACGGAGCCUGUGCCUGGCUCUGCGUUCAGAACAUUAUCUCGGGUCUUACAUUUAUUUUAUUUGCAGUGGUUACCUGUCUCAAAGUAGUUACAGGAAUACGUGGCAUUUUAGAACACCCUUUUGAUAUUAUAUGCACAGAUAUUUGUGCAUGCUUCACUGUAAGGAAGAGUUAAGGAAGAAUGUUAACAAACUAUGCCAGGAUGAAUAAUUCUUCUGAAAAGUAAUGUGUAAUAAUACUUAUGACAGGAUGGGACUAACUGAACAACAUAAGUAGGGUAUUUGUAAGUAUGAUUUCCUAGGAUAAACAUUCCAGAAACUCUAAACAACAUUAAAGCAAAAGGAUGGGAACAUACUUUAUUUUUUCAAAAAAUUUUCAACUCUUUAUGGAGCAGAUCAGAGUGACCAAGUUAUGGCUUUCGAAAAUUACAUGAAGCACAAGUGUUAGGGCUGACUUCUAGAAAUCAACUUUGUUCUCAAACAAAUAUGAAUGUCCAAGUAAUUUUUUAAUUAUUUCUUUCCAAUCUUAGCUAUUCAGACAAAAUUUUAGAAACCUAGUUUAUGACUUAUAUCUAAUAUUAUGGCUGUGUUGGAUACAAGUUAUUAAUUUAUGAUAGUCAUUUAAAUAUAUUGGAAAUAUUAUUAGCAAAAUAAAAUUUUAUAUAAUAAAUAAAAUAGGAGCAAUGGUUUACAUGUAUUUUCAGAGACAGAGGCUAGCUAAAUGACAUUUAAGUUUUUGAACUAUUUAAAUGUCUUAAAAGAAUGGUGCAAAUAUAUUAAGUUCACAAACACAGUAUAUACUUUCUCAUCACUAAAGAUUUUACCAAAUUUGCUUUGAAAUGAUGAAAAAGAAAAUCAAGACUACUUGUGUCAAAUAUGCUAUCUGGAGAGGAUCUUAAAAUAUUCUUGGUUUCACAUGUAUUCUUUUCUCUUGUCUCCAAUAUGUAUGUCUUUGCCUUCAUUGUGUGUUCUUGCCUACAUUUCAUUCCAGCUAUUUUUGCUGCUAAGUGGAAUCCUGCCUGUCUGCAUUCAUUUACAUUCAAUUUAUUAGGAAUUUUAAAUUUGUUUAGAAAUGGAUAUUCUAAUUAAGUAAUAUAUGUUGAAACUCCUCCGCCCCAAAAAGCUCUAAAUACUGAGUUCACAUUAUUGAGUGAACAGUUCUGAACAUCAACUAAAUUAGUGGAUAAAUGAAAAAGUAGUCUGGAGAACUUCAAUAAUUUGCAAAAGCCACAAAAGUAGUAGAAUAACUAUAAUUCACACAAAGUCUCACCAUUCUGUUGGCCAAAAUAAUAAUGCUUAUUUAUAAUAGGCUGGUUACAAAAUGGACUUAAGUAUUCAAUUUUGCUUUUGUCUAUAUUUUGGUUCUUCAUAUACUAUCA